AUGGUCCACAAAGUGCUCUUCUGGAGCGGCUUCGGCAUUGCCGUCCGCCUCUGGCAACUCGGAAUCGAGAUGCGUCCCAUCCUCGCCAAGGAAUCCCUCUGGGUCUACCCUCUUUUCGCUGGUGUCGGUGGCAGCUUCGGCUACUGGCUCCAGGGUGUUGAGAAUAGACAGCUCCGCAUGCUCGCCCAGCGAAGGGAAGCCAUUCUCGAGAAGCGUCGGCGACGAGACCAGCCCCAGGGCCUCAGCAAGUCUGAGGAGAAUGCCGUCCUGGCCUCAUAA